CCUUGUCCGGAUUCUGUGAGUCCUCAGAUUGAGUCAGUAGGUCUGUCAGUCAGGGGUUAGAGUCGACUUGGUGAGGUUUGGAACCACCACCCGGUUGUGCACUUUUCACCAUGGUUGAGACCCGCAGUGGCAAGGACACUAGCCCCUACACCAAGGAGCAGCAAGAAAAGACGGCCGCCUUAGUUAAGGAGAAUAGGGAGAGAAAAGAGCGCGAGAAGCAAGCGAAGUUAAAGGCGAUUGCAGAGGAACAGGCGGCGAAGAUGAAGGAAUUGGAGGAGGAGAUGGAGAAAAAGAAGAAGGCUUCUGAAGAAGAAGCGGCAGCAGAAGAAGAAAAAGAGAGAAUGCGAAUAAAGAAUAGAGAGGGGAGCAGUGGCACGAAGAGGGAUAAAGAUGCAGAGAUGGAGAAGAAAAUAAGUGAGUGGGUCAAUAAUUUAUCGUUGGGAGAAGACGAGGAGGCGGAGUCGUAUGUGACUCAAGAUAAGAGGGAUGCGCUAGCUAGUGAGCUCGCAACCAUGGCGGAUCCUACGGAACGGCGAGAAAGGGAGAAGGAGCAGAAAUUAGAAUGGAAGUUGAGGAUGAAGAGAGAGAAGAAGAGAAGGAGGGAGGAAGUCAAUAGAUUGACCGCAGAGGUGCCAAAGGACACUCUCAACCCACAUGAGCCUAUGGCAGAGGUUGCAGGCCCGUGCCUAGCUAGCUGUCCAGAGACCACCUGUGCUAGCGUCUCUUUAGGCAUGUCCCUCACAGGUGUGGCAGAAGAGCUAAAGGAGAGGAUGCUAGCCUGGGCCAAGAUGAAGAAAGAGAGCAAAGGACAGCUGAUUUUGGUAGAUGUAGAGGUUUUUAGGAGUAGAGUAGGGGCCCUUAGAGACUCAGGGGCCACCCGCAGUUAUAUUAGCCGCAGAGCGCUGAAAAAGUUAAGGCUAGAAUUGAAAGUCCAGAAGUUAGCAGACCCCAUAGUCAGUGUCCUCGCAGACAACCGCACAAUGCGUGUUGAGGGCUAUGUAGAGGGAGUCCACGCGUACUUUCGCCUAGAGAAGGAUGGGAAGGUGGAGAAAGUUAUCCAUUCCCUGACUCUCCUCGUGCAGGAUGACCUUCCUUUCGACGUAGUGUUGGGAAUGGAUUGGGGAGAGGCAGCAGGAGCCACACUCCACUUGAGAGAGCAUGAGUGUAGGCUCCCUAGUCCAUCAGGCGAUGUUAAGAUUGCCCGCAUGUUUCAUGUGUCAGGUGUAGACAACACCUUGGCACAUUGCUGUCUCAGUGCUCCCGCGUUCGCGCGGUUAGUCAAGAAGGAGCAGUUAGAAGACCAGGUCUUUGUAGUCUACGUUAGACCUGCCACUGAGGCCAAGGAAGAAGUGAGUUCCACAGAUCCAACCACAGCCAGGUUGCUGAAAGAGUUCAAAGACUUAACUGAGUCGCCGGCAGGAGUAGUGUCGUGACCCAUCCAGCACAGGAUAGAGAUAGAGCCUGGUAGUAGAACUCCUAAGGGAGCAAUUUACAGGAUGUCCCCUAGAGAGUUAGAGGAGUUGCGCAAGCAGUUAGACGAGC